AUGCCUCGUGCCGGCUUCAAGCAUGCGCCAGGGAUCGAUGUCGAGCUCGAGCAGCCCGACGGUAUCUUCUUGCCUGGUGAUAUUAUCAACGGCAACAUUGUCGUUAAUUCUAUCACAGGAUUGGCAGGUGGACAAAACAACGUCCACAUAAAUUUCUACGCCCGGUCAAAAGUUUUGAUUAUCCGUAACACCGGAGAAGGGAAAGAUUACUAUCGUGGUCGUGCCAUCCUCUUCCAAAACCAGUUCUUUCUUGAAGGUCCACCUGUAUCUGAAGCCAAUGGGCUUGAGAAAUGGGGACUAUCCGUUCAAAUACCUACUCAUACUGUUCCGGGGCAGUAUAAGUUCAACGAUACUUGGAAGAAAGCGUCGAAAUAUCUUAACAAUGUUGAAAUGGAUAUUACACAACACCCUCUUCCGGGUGUUUUCUACUACUGCGGCGAAUCUGGUGGCACUAAGGGUGAGUGCUACGUUGAAUAUGUUCUGGAAGUUAGUCUUCGGUCGACGAGGGAGGUCCAAGACCCUAAUGGAAAGGGAAAGAAAAAGGAAGGGGAUGUACCAACCACCAUCUUCCCAUUGGUCGUCCGUACCAGAAGUUCGGAGCAUCCAAUUCAAUACUCGGAGUAUCUUCAAGAAGCUUUGGAUGAAGUCCGGAUCAAGAGUCUCAAGCUCCUACCACAGUUCGCAACAGAACAGCUCGGGUUUAAACAAAACCUCAAAUCAGUCUUUCAACCAUCCAAGAUACCAAAUUAUUUCUUCGACUUAAAAGUUACAUGCCCAUCGACUGUUCAACUCGAUAAUCCUUCUCAUUUCCCAUUCCGUAUUUCCAUUAUCCCGAAGUCGGACACAACUGGGAGGAGGUCUAGCCCCGGAAGUAUUUUUAGCAACAGGGACACCUCGAAACUACCGGAUGUUAAGAUAUCGGCGUUUUCAUUAUGUCUGAAGAUGUGGUCUCUGAUGCGAGCUCGUGGUGUUUUAAAGUGGGAUUCGAACACCGAGAAGCAUCAUGAUUUUGCAAUCUCACCUGAUUUACCCCCGCACAUGGUUGGCUAUGUGAUUCCCCGUGAGGGAGGAUCCGGAGUAUCAGGGUACAGACAUCCAGAUGAAUCGAACGAUCUAAUGGGUAGAGAGCAAUAUCUCGACCUCGGCCAACUCCUCAACCUUCACCUCUCGCGUACUCACUCCACCCGUCUGGAAGGGGAACGCAACGACUUUAAAACCAAACGUCCACUCUGGCCAAGCUUUAAAACUUACAAUAUACAUUGCUACUACGAAUGGAAGUAUAAAAUCACCAUUACAUGUGCUGGAGAAACGCAGGUCGUGGAAGGGAAGCAAAAAGUGGAGCUGAUCGGACAGAGUGAAGAACAGGAGCAAAAUAUUAAACUUGAUAAGCAGGGGACUAAGAAGAAAUGGGGAGAACUUAUGGAGGGUGCUGAGGGCGCCGUUGCGAUAUUGGGGCUUGUGGGGGAAGUUGUCGCUGAGGCAGUUAACGACUCUUGA